AUGGCCCCACGUUCUCAGCUAGAAAUCGCCACAAGUGCAGUUCAGCGCCUGGUUAAAGAAGAGGCGUCGUAUCGCCGCGAGGCAGAGCAACAAAAAGAAAGGAUCAAGAAGCUAGAAGCCCAGGACGCCAGCACAGACGAGAACAGAGACUACAUGCUGAAACAAGAGCGGCUUGCACUGGAGGAAACGGAGAGGAUCUUCCCGAGCCUGAAGCAGAAGAUUGAAGAAUCCAUUGCCAAGCUCAACGGUCUACUGGUCGAAGAGGGGAAGAAGGGAGCCGAAAGCAAUGUUGAGCAUAUCAAUGCCGCUAAAGAAGCCAUUGCGAAUGCCAGAGUCGCUGAGCGGGAGAUUGCCUGAAAGAUAGACAAUAAGCGCAGAAACAAUAAUAAAGUUAAAGGAAGUAUUCACAAAUC